AUGCACAGAAAUGGUCCUCAAAUUACUUAUCUUGCAUAUGCUGAUGACAUUGUCAUUUUCAGUAGUGGUAACUCUAGGUCCAUUAAGCUCAUCAUGGAACAAAUUAGGAAGUAUGAAAGGAUUUCUGGACAGAUGGUUAACAAAGACAAAAGUUGUUUUGUGACUCGUCCUAAAACUUGUGCAUAUAGAAUUAAUAGGCUGAGGGUAUGUACUGGUUUCUUGGACAAAAAAUUUCCUUUCACAUACCUUGGUUGUCCUAUUUACAUUGGUAAAAAGAGGAUCUCUUAUUUUGAUGGCAUGGUUUCCAAAAUCAUAAAAAGAUUAAAUGCUUGGCAAGGAAAUAUUUUGUCUUGUGGUGGCAGACAGGUUCUAAUCAAGAGUGUGAUUCAAUCUUUGCCUAUCUACAUCCCCUCUGCCAUAAAUCCUCCUAAAGGAACCCUGGAACUCAUGGAAAGACAUAUUGCUAAUUUUUUCUAA